AUGCUAAAAGAAACUGUUCCCAAUAUGAAUCAAAUUAUUGAACUUUUAGAUGAUCGAUUGAUAACAAGAAAUGAAAUUAUGGAAAUAUUAAAACAGAAUAAUCAAAUUUAUAGUGUGAAUGAUAUAUUUUCAACAAAUGAAUGGUUAAUAUCAAAAAAAUUUUUUUUUCGUUGUUUUAUUUUUUCAAAUUAUAUACACUUACAUACUAUACCAUUUCAUUAUACCAAAUGUGAAAUAGAAACAUCAUCUAUUGGUAAUGUUAGUAGUAUCUAUUCUAAUGUUAAACAAUUGAAUGUGAGUAGUAAAAUGAAUGAUUAUUUACCAUUUUCUCAUUUUACUCAUAUACUUCGUCCAUUUCCAAAUAUACAUCAAUUAAAUUUAAUUAAUAUAUCAUUUGAUUUUUCAAAAUGUAGCCUUCCUUUAUCUCAAUUAUGUCAUUUAUCAUUAAAACCAUUAAAUCAAACAAAUCAAUUUAUAUUCUUAAUGGUAUCACAUAUUAUUCAUUUAUCUGUUACAUGUCAAGAACUCAUUGAUUUAACAAAUCUUUGUGGUUUAACAGUACUAAAACAAAUUAUUGAAUUAGAUAUAAUCAUUGGACAUAGAGAUAAUAUUUAUAAAAUUGAUAAUAUUCAACAAUUAUCAUUUACAUUUCCAUUAGUAAAAUAUUUAAAAUUAAAAAUAACUAAAGUAUAUGAUGAAUGGUUCAUAAUGGAUAUUUUGUAUUUUUUCAAAAAAUUACAAUAUUUAGAUAUUAAACGUAACGAUAAUAGAAAUUUGAGUUUUGAACAAACAAAACCAAAUAAGAAAAAUAAAAGAUGGUUGACAAAUUUUAAAAUAUGGUUAAAUAUGAAUACAAUAUUAACUGAGAGGAAACAAUUUCAAGCAAACUACAAUGGAAAAAGAAUUCAAAUUUGGUGUUAA